AUGGCCCAGAGCGUGGUUUAUGCUGACCUGAGGUUUGCCAAGGUGACGGGGGGCAGGAGCACGGCCAGCCAGGCACUGGAGGCAGCCCUCGGCAUGGACGAGACGGAGAGCCCCUAUGAGAACACGCAGCCGUUGCCAGCAGGGCAGGAUGGGGACGGGGAUGGGGACGGGGCCCAGUCUGGCCCAGGGCGCUGGUCCCGGCGGUGGUGCAUCCCUGCAGGGCUGCUGGCAACCUGCCUGCUGCUGCUGGUGGCGACUGUGGCCCUGGGUGCUUGCUACUGGCAGGUGAGCCACAGACUGCGGGACGCUGCCCUCCAGCACGCCACCGAGCAGGGCCGGCUGUGGCAGAAGGUGAGCGAGCAGGAGCAGGGCCUGGAGCAGAUGCGUCUGGAGCUGGCGUGGGCCCGCGCGGAGCUGCAGCGAGCGUGGCGGGACGGCAACAGCAGCCAGCUGGAGCUGGGCAGCCUCAGCGCCGAGCUGGGACGCGUCAGGGGCAUUCUGGGCCAGACUGAGAGGGAGAUGCAGGAGGUGCAGGGGAAGCUCAACAGCAGCGAGAGCACCGUGGCCAUCCUGCGCUCAUGCACAGCUAUAGACUGCUGCCCUUCAGGAUGGUUGCUGUACAGGGGCAAGUGCCUCUUCAUCUCAUCAGAGAAGAAGACAUGGGAGGACGGCAGAGAUGAGUGUGAGAGUAAAUAUGCUCAGCUCCUCAUCACCAAAUCCUGGACUCGCUGGACAGUGCCGACCUUCCUGAAGAACGCAGACAUCCCAUACUGGAUCGGGCUGCAGAAGGGCAGCUUCCCUUGGUAUGACUACGGCUGGCUGGAGGAAGAGGACCCGACUGGCGAGAGGGCCUCGGAUGCCUGGUUCUGGGUGGACGGCUCCCUUUACGAAAGGCCAUGGCAGUCCAAGUCAAACGGGUCCUGUGCCGUAAUAACCCGUGGGAACAUCAAACCUGCCCAGUGCGCCAGCCCCAGUGACCUGCACUUCUGGAUCUGUGAGAAGGCUGCAGGGCCGAGCUCCCCUUUCAUGUGA